AUGGAAACAAUUCCAAUCAAAAGGGAAGUUGAAUAUAUUUUUGAAGAAGAAACGAAUGAAGCAAUCAAUUUGUUAAUUUUCAUCACCGGGACCCAUUUAGGUUGGGUUGGACCAACGAUUCUCAAAUUAUCAUCAAAUAGUUCAGAAAUACCGUUAACAUCAUCUGAAAUAUCAUGGUUAACUGCAAUGUUACCACUUGGUGGAGGAAUUGGUCCAAUAUUUGGAGCAAUAUUAGCGAAUAGAAUUGGUCGAAAAAAUGCAAUCUUAUUGACAACUAUCCCUGAAAUAAUUACUUGGAUUGCAAUUGCCUAUGCCAAAAACAUCUAUCAUUUAUGCAUAGCACAAUUUAUAAAAGGGUUAAUUGGAGGUUCUGCAAUGGCUGCGGUACCAAUGUAUCUUGGUGAAAUAUCAUCACCACUAUUUCGUGGAAUUAUAGGAAUGUUGUUUCCAUUAAAUUACAUUCUUGGAGCAUUAUUCGAAAUCGUACUUGUACCAUAUGUUUCUGUAGCGACUAAUGCAUGGAUUGCAUCAAUCAUACCGUUACUUUUACUUGUAAUUUUCAUUUGGAUGCCAGAAUCCCCGUAUUACUAUUUGAUUAAAAAUCAAACAGACAACGCAAGAAAAUCUUUACGAAUAUUAAAGCAAAGUGAUAAUGUUGACCGACAAUUAGAACAUCUACGAAAAGUUGUUAGGGAAGAACAAAAUGAAGUCAAAAAGUUUUCACAAAUAUUCCGAGUCAGAAAUAAUCGAAUUAGUUUCAUUCUAUGCCUCGGAAUUAUAUCAACACAACAUUUAACUGGACUAAAUAUUAUAAUUGCAUACACUCAAGUGAACGCAGGCAGUUAA